AUAGUGAUCUGUGGUUUGAAGGUUGUCAGAACACAGAGGCGGCGUGGCCUCAUGAUAAAUUUUAAAUUCAUUGUAUAAUUUAAUGUUCAUUUCGGAAAAAUGGAUACCAGGGAGCUGACGGAAAUAUUGCGCGCAACAAUUGACCCUAAUCAAAGGCAACAAGCAGAGGAACAGCUUGCUCGGAUACAUAAAAUAAUUGGAUUUGCACCAUCACUGCUCCAAGGGAUUAUGUUAAAUGAUGUUCCACUACCAGUGAGACAGGCUGGAGUAGUUUAUUUGAAAAAUCUGGUAACAUCAGGAUGGCAUGAAAAAGAACCUGAAAAUGGAGAGCCUAUACCUUUCAGCAUUCAUGAACAAGACAGGGCCAUGAUUCGGGACAUGAUGGUGGAUGCUAUUGCACAAGCUCCGGACAUAAUAAGAGUGCAGCUUUGUGUUUGUCUGAAGACUAUGAUCAAACAUGACUUCCCGUCUCGUUGGCCUCAGAUUGUUGAUAAAAUUCAUAUUUUCUUGCAAAACCAUGAGCCUAAUAGUUGGAUGGGAGCUCUUUUAUGCCUUUAUCAAUUAAUCAAAAACUAUAAGUAUGUUUCAACAAAUAAGAGGAACACUUUGAUAGAAGCUACGAAUUUAUUGUUACCCAUGAUGUAUAAUCUCAUAGUCAAUCUACAGGCUGAUCAAUCAAUGGAGUCUGUGCUUUUACAGAAACAGAUACUCAAAUGUUUUCAUAGUUUGAUUUUGUAUGUUUUUCCCCUGAGUUUAAUCACUAAAGAGGUAUUUACAAAGUGGAUGGAGGUAUUAAGAUCAGUCCUUGAGCAGCCUGUGCCUGAACAUACUUUACAAGUUGAAGAGGAUGAGCGCUUGGAGUUGCCUUGGUGGAAAUACAAAAAAUGGGCAAUUCAUAUAUUGUACAGAUUGUUUGAAAGGUAUGGAAACCCUGUAAAUGCUCGUCAAGAUUAUAUUGAGUUUUUUGAGUGGUAUUUAACAACUUUCACGGGAGGUAUUUUGGAAGUUUUGCUGCGAAUAUUGGAUCAGUAUAGACAAAAAAUAUAUAUAUCGCCAAGAGUGCUGCAACAAACUAUAAGUUACAUAGAUCAGUGUAUUAGUCAUGCACACUCCUGGAAAUUGUUAAAACCUCAUAUGUUUGCUAUCAUACAAGAUGUGCUCUUUCCCCUGAUGUCAUACUCAGAUGCCGAUGAUGAGUUAUGGUUUAGUGAUCCACAUGAGUAUAUACGAUUAAAAUUUGAUAUUUUUGAAGACUUUGUAUCUCCUGUGACUGCAGCAGAAUCACUCCUCAUGUCCUGCUGCAAAAAGCGAAAGGACAUGUUAGAAAGAACAAUGCAUCUUUGCAUGCAAGUGCUUACGAGUCAAGGUGGAGAAUAUGGGCCACGCCAGAAGGAUGGUGCUUUGCAUAUGGUGGGAACUCUGAACGAUAUCCUAAUGAAGAAAAAAUUUUACAAAGAGGAAAUUGACUCAUUGCUUAGUCAAUAUGUGUUCCCUGAAUUUCAUAGUCAAUUGGGUUACAUGAGAGCUAGAGCUUGUUGGGUUCUGCACUGUUUUGCUGUUGUGCGCUUUAAGAGUGAACCACAACUGGUUGAUGCAGUUCGGCUCACAGUAAACGCCCUGCUGAACGAUACUGAUCUACCUGUGAAAGUGGAAGCAGCUAUUGCACUCCAAAUGCUUUUAUCGUCUCAGGAAAAAGUCUAUGUAUUGUUAGAACCACAAGUUAAAGCAGUAAUAACUGAGCUUCUUCAAGUUAUUCGUGAAACUGAGAAUGAUCAUAUUGCAAACGUGCUACAAAAGAUAGUGCCACUAUACACUGAGCAACUAAUGCCCAUGGCAUUUGAGAUCAUGGAACAUUUGGCCACAACCUUCAGUAAAGUUAUAAAAACUGAUUGUGGGUCAGACGAGAAGGCAAUCACAGCAAUGGGUCUCCUAUACACUAUGCAAACUGUACUAAAUGUUAUGGAGGACAAUCCUGAAAUAAUGGUACAAUUGGAAAAAACAGUCUUACGUGUUGUUGUACAUAUUCUGCAUCACAAUAUUAUAGAGUAUUAUGCAGAAGCUUUCACUUUAUUGUGUAAUUUAACUGCAAAGACAAUAUCAGAAGACAUGUGGAAAGUUUUAGAGAUGUUGUAUCAGAUAUUUACAAACGAAGGCACUGAUUACUUCAUUGAUAUGAUGCCAGUCCUUCACAACUACAUCACUAUCGACACCAACGCCUUUCUGUCAAAUGAAAAUCAUAUACUAGCUAUGUUCAACAUGGCUAAAGUGGUACUAAACUCUGAUGCAGAAGAUGAAUCUGAAGUUUAUGCCGCGAAACUUCUUGAAGUGAUUGUCCUGCAGUGCUCGGGUAAAAUAGAUAACUGUUUACAUUCAUUUGUUGAGCUUGUUCUUGGCAGGCUCACAAGGAAAGUCAAGACUUCCGAACUAAGAACCAUGUUGCUUCAGGUGCUGAUAGCUAUCUUGUACUGCAAUCCACACCUACUCUUCACGAUUCUGAACAGUCUUCAAGAGUCUGUCCCUAAUGCAUCUAUAACUCAACACUUUAUUAAACAGUGGAUUCAUGACACCGACUGCUUUGUGGGAUUACAUGACAGAAAGUUGUGUGUGCUUGGCAUUUGUACCCUCCUCGAAAUGGGUCCACAGAGACCGAGCCUUGAUGAAAUUUUGCCGAAAAUCAUUCCCUCGUGCUUGACAUUAUUCGACGGGUUAAAACGAGCCUACGAAGCGAGGGCUGAAGCAGAUGAUACCACAUCAUCAGAAGAAGAUGAGGCAGAUGAUGAUGAAGAGGUACUUUCAAGUGAUGAUGACGAUAUUAAUCAAAUGAGUAGUGAAUAUCUUCAAAAUCUUGCAAUGAUGGCUACGAAAAACAGUGCUCAGCAAGGAGUCAAUGUCACUGCUAAAAUUGAAGAAUAUGAUAGUGACGAUGAUGACGAUGACGAAGAUUUCGAACCAGACGAAACCGCCAUCGAGUGUUACACCACGCCUCUCGAUGAAGAUGACUGCACUAUUGAUGAAUACAUAAAAUUCAAAAAUACAUUAUCAAAUCUGUCUGCUAGUGAGCCUGCGCUGUACCACGCGCUAACAAGUGUCCUAACAGAAGUGCAGCAGAAGCAGUUGAAUGCUAUAUUUGUUUUGGCUGACCAACGCAAAGCUCAACAGGACAGCAAACGCAUUGAACAAAGUGGAGGUUAUUCAUUUAGUGUUCCAGCGCAAGUCCCUACUACAUUUAAAUUUGGCUCAUAAAUAAAUUGUUCACAUUAAAUCUUUUGAAUUUUUAAGCAAAUUACUAUUGUGUAUAUUUAAUUAAAUAUUUCUUUAUUA